AUGUUUCCUACAAUUAUUAUUUGUUUGAUCAUUUUAGGAAUUGAGUUCAUUACAGGGAUUAUAGCAAACGGAUUGAUGAUUGUUGUGAAUUGCAGUGAGUGGAUCAGAAGCAGAAAACUGACCUGUUGUGACAUGAUCCUGACUAGCCUGGGCAUCUCCAGAUUUUUCCUGCAGUGCAUGAUAAACAUUAACAAUAUCUUAACUCACCUACCUCAAGACAUGAAUGAACUGUGUACUAUAUUGAGAAUAGUGACUGUUUUCUGGAUAUUUCUAACUACUCUCAAUCUAUGGCUUGCCACCUGCCUCAGUGUCUUCUACUGCGUGAAGAUCGCCAACUUCAGCCAAUCUCUCUUCCUCUGGCUGAAGCUGAGAAUAUCAGGGCUAGUGCCACAGCUACUUAUGGGAUCCUUUCUGGUCUCCUUGGUCACCUGUCUCCCUUCAGUCAAUACCAUAGAUAGAAAGUACAUAGACCAUUCAAUGAAUACUCUAUCAGGAAACACCACCGGGGAAUGUCGAUAUAAGGUUGAUUUUUCUUCUAGAUUCUUUAUUUCGUCCAUGCUUGGUUAUACCUCUCCCUUCAUUAUAUUUAUUAUUUCCUCCAUACUGUUAAUCAAGUCCUUGUGGAGACACAGCAAGAGGAUGGAAAAAACCACAAGCACCUCCAGGGACACAGUUACUGAGGCUCAUGUCAGAGCAAUUAAAGGACUGAUCUCUUUUAUUUUCUUCUACAUUUCUUAUUUUGUGGCACUAGUAAUAUUUUUGUUAGAAAUAUCUACCAUCAGCUCCUACUAUGUAUGGAUAGUGAUAAUGGGUGCUUAUCCCUCUGGGCACUCUGUUAUCCUAAUUCUGGGUAAUCCCAAACUGAAGAGGGUAGCAGUGAGGGCUUUUCACUAUGCCGGGUGCAGGCUGAGAGGGGCGGCUUCAUAA